AUGUCGACUCAAGCUUAUUUAGAACGCUAUCGCCAGUUAAGCGCUUUGGACCAACAGAAGAAUGAUCUUAUUGAGGAACUCCUUCAACGGGUGACCGCUCUAGAAACUUCCUUUCAACAAGAGAAACUCGACCAUGAACGGGAGACCCGGUUCAAUCGUGAUAUCCAGGUGCAUGAGAUGGAGUUGAUGGAGCAGAUAUCAGCAGUCAAGCAUAUGAUGGACCGAGAACCAUUCGUCGUUUUACUUUUAGAUGGCGAAGGCAUUAUAUUCAAGGACGAGUUUCUGCAACUGGGAGAACAGGGCGGACACAAUGCGGCCAAACAACUCUGGAAAUCCCUUCAGGGCUACGUGACGACAAACCUUGCCACAAUCACGGAGCCGAAGAUAAUGACGAAGAUUUACCUUAAUGUGAAGGGACUCAUUGAGACCUACGUUCGGGGUGGGAUCAAUUUAGAUGUUUCCACACUCAGUGAUUUUAUUCGGGGAUUCAAUGAGAGCGCAUCAUUCUUCGAGAUUGUGGAUGUUGGAACUGGCAAAAACAAAGCACAUGAUAAAAUCAAGGAGGCAUUCAAGCUCUACUUAUACAACUGUCAUUGCCACCAACUCUUCCUGGGUUGUCCCUCAAAUGAAGAAUAUGCUCGAUCAUUGACAGAACUGGUCUCUGGCGCGAACUAUAAAGGCCGCGUCUCGCUGGUUGAGGGCCUUCCACUCGAACAAGACUUUGAUUACUUCAGGGAGCAGGAAUAUCGAAUCACCCAGUUCCCAGAUGUUUUCCGCACGUCCAAGAUCGCUCCGAUUUCAUUGGCGGCACCGGGCGCACCGGGUGCACCAACUUGGACUGCUCCAUGGAAGAGCGCAAUCCCUUCGCGGACUUUGCUUACGCCUUCGCCAACUCAACAACCUCAGACCCCUGCACCUCUGUCACGAACAUCAACCAGCACCAGUGUGUCAAAUAUGGGUGUACCAUUAGCCCAAAGCGCAAAUAAAGCAGAUCCCUCUGAUUUCCAGGUUGUUCGGUCCAAGGUCCCUGGUGCAACUCCCCCGAAAACUGUGGAACGGAAUAAGUACGGGCAGCGUGUUGAUCGACUCGACUUCAACCGUAUCAAUCCCCAAGAUCUUAACAAGUUGAAAAAACUCAAGCUUUGCAACUAUCACUUCUUGCUUGGCGAGUGCCCUAAUGAAGAGAAUUGUUAUCAUGACCAUGAUCGCAAAUUAUCCCGCCAAGACCUACACAUUCUGUCGGCCAUUGCCCGCAUGACACCGUGUCGAUUCGGUCUAGAUUGCGAUGACGUGGAUUGCAUCUAUGGCCAUCGUUGCCCUCAGAGCGAGCCUGGCAAGAAAGACUGUUAUCGACGUGAAAACUGCCGCUUUGAGCCCGUCGCACAUGGUAUUGAUACAAAUAUCGUCAAAGUGACGAAGAUUUAA